AUGGAACAAACUGACGAUGGUCCUAGCGACCAGCCAGUUAAUGACGGGCAGUCUCCACCCGCAGAUCAAUCGUCGUUGCUUGAGAAAUUACCUGCUGAGAUCAUCCAAGAUAUUGCGUCUUAUCUCUCAGCGCCAGAUCUCGCUUGCCUCGGCGCCACUUGCCGGGUCCUCGUCGAUCAUGCAUCGAAUGACUUGUUAUGGGCUAACCUGGUGAACGAGAGACUACCUGCUCCUAUCCGAGACCCAGGUCCCUUUGGGUCAUUUCGUCGUCUGUAUCUUGCACAUUACCCUUGUUGGUUCAUUCCUCAGCACAAGAUCUGGUUCGCAGACCAUGAACACACGGGGAUGCUGAUCAUAGCUCGAUAUGAUAAUCGCUGGGGUGCGAUCGAAGCAUACCGUGUCAUUGCAGAACGUGGCACUCCUCAGUUUCAAAUAUGGAUAUCACACCCAGAAGUUAUGAUUCAGUCUUUUGAACCCAGUGUACGCCUGGCCUUGGAUGAUCCUGUCUUGUUUCUCAACGACCCAAAUCCGUCCUCCCAAACAGCCCCAAACCAAUCCUUUCAAUCAAUGCCGGAGGAGCGACGGAUGCCCAUGGCUUCGCAUACCCCGCUGUCGCUUUGCUCUGAAUUUAGCACUCCAGGAGCUUGGGAUGAACCCAAUGCGCUUUGGCCACCACGAACCAUCCCGAGUAAUGCACGCACAGUUCGUGAUCUGAAGGACUCACCCCCGCCAAGACCGAAACGUCUGUGGGAAUUGUCGGAAUCCUUUUUUCGUAUCAGGAAAUGGGCAAACCCUGGGCUUAUGUUGUCACUGGCACCAAACGAAGCGAGUCUAACUUACUCAACUCUCGAUCCUGUCCUUUACACUCCCACUGCAGAGAAACCAUACCAGGGAAUUUGGGUUGGAGACUACUCAGCCCAUGGGUGUGAAUUUCUGCUUGUUCUGCAGAAAGAGAUAGAGGCCGAAGCACAAGGCAAUGAAAGACAGUCGGAGAUAACCGACGUCCAGGAGGAUAUUGGACAGCGAGGUUCGUUGCAAGCUAUCAAGCUGACAGGUGAUCCCAAUGUUCCUCGUGGCCAGUUCUCGUUUAUCGCCGAAGACAUUGGUUCCAGAGGCUUGAUUAGUGUCGAGAUGGAGGAGCCUUUUGUCGGCGCCCGAAUUGUGCAUUGUCGUGGCCAUGUAGCUGGACUUGGGUUCCGUGACGAUACCUACAUUGACUCCCAACUGAUCCUUAUUUCUCCUGACCACAUGGCUCAUUACUGGAAGGAAAUGGGCCAUGUCUCCUAUUUCCGCCGUGUUGACAUUGACGCUCUACUACAUAGUUCAUAG